AUGCCCAAAAACAAAUCAAAGAGAAGUGGAAAUACCAAAACGCGUUUCCCUCUCAAAGACGAAGAUGAUGACACUCAAGACUCCGAGACUCUUAACCAUGUUCAGGUCAAGUCCAUUCCAACACUUAAUGAUUCAAAAAAACAAACAAAAAAACAAUUCAAUGCCUCUCCUUCCAAUCAUGGCUCAACUCUUUCCAAAAGCCAUCACGACGACCACGACGACGACGACACUUUGAAAUCUGAAAUAGACAUGAUCCAUACAUCUUCUACCACACCUGUUCAUCACGAAGAAGAAGAAGAACAAGAAUUAUCAAACAACAACAUACUACAGUGGUCCUUUCUCUUCUCCAACAAACUCCCUAUUUCAUUCAUGGCUCACAAGAUUCUCUCGAUGUUGAUAAAAUUUACAUGUUCACUGCACGUACAAUGCCCUCAAAUCAUAAAGAAUGUUGUUUGA